CAGAACGGUCUCCUAUGGCGACAACCUGCAGUGGCAGCUGUAUUGGGGAAAAUACAAUUGGAUUUAGCUAGCAAAGUUAGCUGGUAGGCUAACCAACCAACCAAGCAGUGUAGCGAUAUUGAUCUAGACACGUUCAGGUUUAGCUGUAAAUGCUACAUACAAUUUUGUUUUAGUGUAUGUUGAAAACUGCCAAAGCAGCCUAUGCGUUUGUUUGUUUGGAAAGCCUCCCGUGUGUGUGGACAGUGCGGCGGAGUGACUGCUCAGCUACCGAACUAGCUCAGCUUGCGCUCCGCCCAAGCAGGUUCUGCAGAACCGCCGUUGCCCACUCGAGUAUUGUGUCGACGGAUAUCGCUUUAAUCAAAGGUUUUUGGAUUGCAAGCGACAGCAGGUUAACGCUGGCUGAAAUGGAUGAACAAAGUGUUGAGAGUAUUGCGGAAGUGUUCCGCUGCUUCAUCUGCAUGGAGAAGCUGAGAGACGCGCGGCUGUGUCCUCACUGCUCCAAGCUCUGCUGCUUCAGCUGCAUCCGGCGGUGGCUGACAGAGCAAAGAGCCCAGUGUCCACACUGUCGGGCCCCCCUGCAGCUGAGGGAGCUGGUCAACUGCCGGUGGGCGGAGGAGGUGACCCAGCAGCUCGACACGCUGCAGCUCUGCAACCUCUCCAAGCACGAGGAGAACGACAAGGACAAGUGUGAGAACCACCAUGAGAAGCUGAGUGUGUUCUGCUGGACCUGCAAGAAGUGCAUAUGCCACCAGUGUGCCCUGUGGGGCGGCAUGCAUGGCGGCCACACCUUCAAGCCGCUGGCGGAGAUCUACGAGCAGCACGUGACCAAGGUGAACGAGGAGGUGGCCAAACUGCGGCGUCGCCUGAUGGAGCUGAUCAGCCUGGUGCAGGAAGUGGAGAGGAACGUGGAGGCGGUGCGGGGGGCGAAGGAUGAGCGCGUGAGGGAGAUCCGAAACGCGGUGGAGAUGAUGAUCGCCAGGCUGGACAACCAGCUGAAGAACAAGCUCAUCACCCUCAUGGGUCAGAAGACGUCGCUCACCCAGGAAACGGAGCUGCUGGAGUCUCUGCUUCAGGAAGUGGAACAUCAGGAAUUCCUGCGUUGUCCGUUGGUUUGUGGAGGGAAGUGUUCAGGCGGGGAGUGUGAACUGCGGUCCUGCAGUAAGAGCGAGCUCAUCUCCAAGAGCCCGGAGAUCCUGCUCAUGUUCCAGCAGGUCCACCGCAAGCCCAUGCAGUCCUUCGUCACCACGCCUGUCCCGCCAGACUUCACCAGUGAGCUGGUUCCUGCAUAUGACUCCAGCACUUUUGUUCUGGCGAAUUUCAGCACCCUGAGGCAGCGGGCGGACCCUGUGUACAGCCCCCCUCUGCAGAUCUCUGGACUCUGCUGGAGACUGAAGGUUUAUCCAGAUGGCAAUGGUGUGGUGCGCGGAAACUACCUUUCAGUCUUCUUGGAACUGUCGGCUGGACUCCCAGAGACAUCAAAGUACGAGUACAGAGUGGAAAUGGUGCACCAGGCCUCCAGCGACCCCACCAAGAACAUAAUUCGGGAGUUUGCAUCGGACUUCGAGGUGGGCGAGUGCUGGGGGUACAACCGCUUCUUCCGGCUGGACCUCCUGGCCAGCGAGGGCUACCUCAACAUGCAGACCGACACCCUGGUGCUGCGGUACCAGGUACGCUCCCCGACGUUCUUAAAGAAGUGUCGAGACCAGCACUGGUACAUCAGCCAGCUGGAGUCGGCACAGACCAGCUACAUUCAGCAGAUCAACAACCUGAAGGAGCGGCUGGCCAUCGAGCUGUUCCGGAGGCAGAAGUCGCGCAGUUCGUCCCCGCCGGACCGCCGCGUGUGCCCCCAGGCCUCGGAGAGGGACCCCCGGCCGGGGAAAGGGGCCAUCGCCGAGGACAACAGCCAGGCGGCCGCCGCCGAGGCGAAGGAGGAGGAAGAGGAGGAGGAGAAGACUCAACACGACGACUCCAACGAGCUGUCGGACGGGGACCUGGAGGUGGACUGCCUGACCGGGGACGAGGAGGUGAACCCCCUGGACGGGAGCAGCAGCUCCGGCAGCUCCACGGCGACCAGCAACACCGAGGAGAACGACAUCGACGAGGAGACCAUGUCUGGGGAGAAUGAUGUGGAAUACUCCGGAAACCUGGAGAUGGAAGAAGGAGAGCUGGCAGAAGAUGCUGCCGGAGCCACCGGGGGCUCUAACCCGAGCGGGCGGGGCCUCCGCCGCGGGCCCCCCGGGCUGUGCUCCGGCCCCAGCAGCAGUCUGCUGGAGAUCGACCCGGUCAUCCUCAUCCAGCUGCUGGACCUGAAGGACCGCAGCAGUGUGGAGUCCCUGUGGGGCCUUCAGCCCCGUCCCCCCGCCUCUCUCCUGCACAGCACCGUUCAAGUCCACUCCAGAAAGGAGCGUGAUCGCCGGCCGCAGGCAGUGCGGCGGUCAGCCCCGGACUCCGGGGUCCUGAUCCGGCUGAAGGCCCAGAUGGCGGAGGUGCGCAGCAAGAUGUCGGACGUGAAGUGCCAGCUGGAGGCGCGGGGGGACGUGCGGGCCGGGCCCUCGGGGGCCACGGUGGAGCAGGGGCCCCCGGCGGACUCUGACCCCGGCACACGGCGGAAGCCCAGCGACCUGGACCUGCUGGGGAAGGGGCCGGCGUCCCGCCACUGCCGAAGCGGGAAGAAGGCCCACUCCCCCAAGCAGGAAGCAGUCGGGGCUGCAGGUGGCCUGCCUCUGCGCAGACCUGCAGACUCCCUGGACAAGGAUCUGCGUGGGCUGGGCAUAGACACGGCUGCGGAGGCCACGCUCUGUCCCCAUGAGCCCUCCUCCUGCAUGGAAGGGGCCCAGAAGCCCCGCAGUGUGCACAGCUCGCCUCCCUCCCUGGGGGCCCCCAGCUGCGCAGACAAGCCGUCCAGCUCCAAGCAGCAGCAGGAGGAGCAGCAGCUGUACGGGGCCGUCGGCUCAGACCUGUUCUCCAUCGCCGCCCUCAACGGCAUCGUGCCCGUGGCCAAGACGCGCCGAGCUCCCACCAUGGGGGCCGCCCUGCUGACCGACAGCGCUCUGGACUGUGACCCCGAGGGGGCCAGCGAGCUCCGGGAGUCCCUGCUGGCCCUCUCCGACGGCGGCUCCUCACGGCCGGAGGAAGGGCUGCUGUCUCAGAAGCAGGUGCUGCACCUCCUCCCCGGGAUGAGCAGUGACAGUGAGCUGGAGUGUGACACGGAGAACGAGGACGAGGCCGUGGCCCUGGAGGCGGGGGACUGCCGCUACGACACACGGGCCCUGCCCUGCCCAGGGGACCAGCUGAGCUCUGAGGACCUGAGCUUCACGGCGGGGGAAGCCACGGAGAGGUGAUCCUCCACCACGCCCGCGUCCCAGACUCCCGCUGUAGUCCUGCAUGCCGGUCCUGCUCUUAGUCGCCGCUCCUUGGGACAAACACUACAAUUCCAUUCGGCUUGUGUCAUGAUGAAUGUUUUUGACUGAAAAAAAAAAGAAAAGAUAUGGUCACGUAACUGUUUUUGUUUGUUGUAUAUACAUGUAAAUUGGAGAGCUAUAAGAUGGUUUGGGAGAAUACAAGGUAUUUGGGAGAGUAUUUUGUCAUUGGGCUACUGCGGCGUUUUUAUAGCCCAGUCCUCUUGCUGAAAUUGAAAAAUCGUGUAAUGGGAGAGUGGGGUUCAUGAACCUCGUAGUGGAUGGUGUUAUCAAAUGUCCUCGAUCAAAUCUGUCAUUAGCCAAUCCAGGCAUUGCUCUCUGUAGUCAGUGUGCUUGGUUCAUGUGGGUGAGUUGGAUUGCUCUGUCCAUUUUGGGGCUGACUUCUACUUCCAUUGCUUAUGAAGGGGAUGGUUGGUUACUGCACUGUGAAGGUUGCUUGUCAUCUUGGGAACAAAAUUGUGUGCGAUUUGCAAUACGAAGGCGCUUCUGUGGUGUUUUCACGCAUGAAAAUGAGCGACUGGGUAGAAUUUCUGUAAAUGUAUACGCUCUUCUGUGCAUAGAGGCUUCAUAGAGUGGCAGCCCCAGAGAAUAAAUGCAAAGUGCGCAGUUAAUGUUAUGUUUGAGCCAUUUUCUUGUUUGUUUGAAGUUGUACCUGAGCGAGGUUCCUGGUCCCUCCUUUCUUUGACUACUGUUAGGAUUUUUGCCAAAUGGACGGUUACUGUUGUAUUCGUUGGAAAGGGCAACAUAGUGAAGUUCUGAAAUGCCACAAAGAGCACCCCUUGCUGCUUUCACACCCCCGUUUUCAGUAAUGUUGGUCACGUCAGUGCUUUCCAGUAGCCCUUAAAAUAGUCUCUCUCCGGUUCAUUAAGUAUCAUUUCUUCUGGAAGUGUCUUUUUGUACAAGAGGUCAAUGCAAUGUAAAGUAUAUUGUUGCCCUUUGUAAAUGGCACAGGUAGACAGGCAGGUGAACCCUGCCUGUCCUUAUUCCUGCUUUUCUCCUUAUCUUGUGUAGUCCUGUUUAAGAGAACACACACCCUGCUGCUGUGAAGUAAGUCUUGAACUACUAGAAUGUCUCUGUCUGUCUGCCUGUGUGAAAAACCUGGCUUUGUUUCGUGCCUGAAUAUGAAUGUCUGUGGAUUCUUUUUUUCCACCUUAAUUUAUUGAACAAAGGAGUGCUGUUUGCGUUGUCUUUCUGAUGUGCAGUAUUUAAGCUUAAAGUGUUUGGCCUCGGACGGCGUCUCCCCAGACACUGAGGGGAUCGGAUAAGUGCGCCGUUGGCCUUAAAUUGGCUUUCAUUCCCUCUCCGAUUCGUGCGUGCGCUUUUCCACCCUGCCUGUGACGGAGAGCAUCGUCUGGUACUCGCACUUUAAAAGUUUCCUAGUCGUCAAAGACUCAUAAAGGCAUUUAUUUUCCCUUAUUUUCUUUUUUAUUGGACAAAGUUUACAUAUGGCUGGGACCACGCUUGUCCAUGUCUCUGCUGUGGUUGGAUCAGUGCCACCCCCCGCAGACUCCUGCCGUUACACUAUUGUCGUUUCCGUUCUCCGUCGUUUGUUCAAAUUACAUGUUGCUGUUUUUAUUCUUAACAGACCGUGUGUACCAUUCAUCACCAUGGCUACCAACCUUUCAGUGUCUCCCCUUUUAUAGGACUGAGACUGCUUUUCUUGAAAUUGGGUUCCAGACUAUUCCUUUUUAUCAGUUGGAUUUUAUAAUAAUUUUAUUUCUAUUUCUUGAUAUUGUCCAUUUGGUUUUGGUGCUAAUACUGACUUGAGUUUUCUGACUUUAAUGUCUUUAGUUUUCAUGCUGCACCAUUCAACUUUUAAAAUAAUUCUUAUUAAAUCUCUUUAGUUAAAACUGCAGUUGUGAAUUGUAUUGAGCGUACUACAGAUGUGCUCCAGUCCUUUAAAUGUAUUGCAGGGAGAUGUCUGAACUGUGUCUGGUCCAGUGUACAGUGGUGGUGUGAAAAUAAACGGGCUAAUUGAUCAAACUUCAAUAUAAUGUAAAUGCAUGCGACCAUCAGCUGGAAAACACAACUGCUAUGACAUCACUUGCGCUACACCUAGCCGCAUGCCCCUCCCCCCUCAUUUCCUAUAGGCUUAGACUGUGUCAAACUGCAUGGGAUAGGGUAGGGGGCGGGGUUCAGUUCACGGGCCCUUCAUUUCGGUGCCCGUGGAAGGACAUUUCUAAAACAUGUGUCCCUGCUUUGGUCUUGCAACUCUAUCCUCGAAGUAUUUCUCAAAGUUGUGUUUUACUCUUUCACAAUUCAAGUACGCUUUUACUGCAAAGUGCCGAGCUUAACUUGUGUGUCCAGCUGCUCCAUGUUAGCCGUGGGAGUGUUGUAAUGAUGGUGGUGAUUGGUGGUGGUGACUGCUGCUGGGGAGGCCAGGCACUGAACCCCCCGGGCCCUGCUGGCUCUGGUACACUGGGUCCUACUGCCUGGCCUCUGAUCAACACUGACUGAACAGUCCGUUCACUCCCUUGUUUGCUUAUGUCGGUGUACGAUCUGUGCAACUGUAAAGUGUUUUUUUUUUUUUUUUUUUUUUUUUUUUUUUUAAUGCUGGGUGUCUUAGGUGAUUGAUUUAUUUGUUUUUGUUUAUUGGCUGUGCACUUUUUUUGUUAAUUAACAGUAAUGAACAAAUAAAAGAUUUUAACGUU